UCUAGUGGACGGUUCUUCAGAAACAGCUCGUUAACCACCUCUGUAGCUUGUUAGCCAACAUAGCCGAAAUAUUCAAGCUAUUUAUACGCUUUCGAUGUAUAUUAGCUACUGUGUUUUAGACACACUUCUGUCGUAUCUACUUGUUAACCUAUUUAAUUUAAUAUUUCAUUAUUUUGUAUUAGUCAGCUAUAGUAGCUGGCUGGUUAAGUUAGCACUAGCCUUGUCGCUAAUGGUAGCUAGCUAACAUCCCCGAACAUGAGCUCCCUAAACUACUCCCCUCCUGUUAAAGAAGAGGAGGUCUGCUGUAUGGAGAAAGAAGCUUUGGGGCUGAACAUUGUCUUGAAAGAGGAGAAGGAAGAGGAGGAUGUCACAGUAAAACAAGUAGAGGGUGAGGCUGUUACAGUGAAGGAAGAAGAGAAAGACGUGUUCAGAGUGAAGGGGGAGGAGGAUGUUACUGUGAAAGAAGAGGAGGAUGUUACUCUGAAAGAAGAGGAGGAAGAGUAUGCCGUUUUCGGAGUGAAGAAGGAAGGAGAGAUUACUGUCACAUUGAAAGCUGAAGUGGUAGAGAUAGGAGAUCUGAGUAACACCAAGGAGAGGCAAAACGGAUCAGAGGACCAAUACGCGGCGUGGAGAGAAACCAGACUCUCACUCUGACAGCAGGAAGAGUCCUUCAGGGGAACCAGACCCAGAGACGACCAAACCAGCGAGGCAACAGCACUGCCCCCACUGUGAAAAUAGUUUUUGCUGGUUAAGGAACCUAAAACUGCAUGAGAGGACACACACAGGAGAAAAGCCUAUCCAAUGUUCCCAGUGUGAUAAGAGUUCUACCAUGUUAACUAACCUGAAAAUGCAUGAGAGAAUACACAGAGGAGAAAAGCAUUUUCUGCUCCCAGUGUAAAAAUAAAAAUAAAAAUUAAAUUAAAUUUAAAAAAGUAAAAAAUGUUCAGGAAUGGAUGGGAGAACUUUCCAGAAGGACAACCAUCUCUGCAGCACUCCACCAAUCAGGCCUUUGUCGUAGAGUGGCCAGAUGACUCCAAAGGAUUUGAAUUUGUUAAAAGUCCAUUUUGAUCCAGAAAUACUAAACCAUGAUUUAGAUUUAUUGCCCCUGAACAGGCAGUUAACCCACUGUUCCUAGGCCAUCAUUGAAAAUAGGAAUUUGUUCUUAACUGACUUGCCUAUUAAAAUAAAGGUAAAAUAAAAUAAAAAAAUAUGCCUCUGGGAUCAAAAUGAUCCAUGUCAGAAGUAUGGUUCAAUGCAAAUGUGUAGUGGGUGUAAAGUUUGUUUUUUAUUUUCUCACUCAUUAAAAACGAAUCAAU